AUGAGCAGCACACACGACCCUCAGCAGCCGUCGCCGUUCGACCGCCUCCCCGACGAGCUCCUCGUCAAGAUCCUCCGCCACCUCCCUCAGCACGAGCUCUCGGCGCACAGUCACAUCGAGGGCGAGCAUGGCUCCAUGGGCGAGGUCCGCCUCGUCUCGCGACGCUUCAACGCAGUCGGCCGUGACCUGGCCUGGCGCGGCUUCAAGCUCUCUGCCGCACCGAGCAAGCGCGACUUGGCUCGUGCACUCGAGGUGCUUGGCUUCCUGCCGGCAGGCCAGCCGGUGAGCUGUUCGGAGUUGGAGCUUACGGGCACGCCGCGUGAGGGCGGGCUGGCCCUUGCGCGGUGGGCGGCCGAGUUCCCGGACGUCGAGGGCCUCAGCGUGCAGAGCUGCGGCAUCCACGACCUCGAGAACGCGACCAGCUUCAGCAAGCUGCGCUUCCUCUCUCUCGGCGACAUGGACCUCAACCUCCCGCCGUCGGCCUUCUUCCCCGGCGUCGAGUCGAUGGACUUGUACUGCGCAACUUUCGGUUGGCCGCUCCGGCCUAUCACGACAUCUGCGUUCCCGGCGCUGCGGCGCCUCGGCGUCGACUUCUGCCGCGUCCAGGGUGCCGACUCGGACGUCCUGCCGCCCAACUUGGUCGCCCAGCUCGAGUACAUCCAGCUCGAGGACUUGUCGCGUGAUGGGCCCGCAUGGUAUCGUCCUCUCGGUGUCGAGAUCGCCCGGCAGGAGGUGCGCAUCCUCUGGACCGUGUCUCUGGUCGAGAGGGUGUCGUUCAACCGCAUCGUCGUCAAGUCCGGGCCCAUGCCGUCCGCCGCCGUCGGGCGCUACCUUCGCCUCGAGCCGCCAGACAUGGUCGCACCGUCUUCUUCGACCGCACUCGACGCCGCCCUCGGCCUCAUCGCCAAGCACGCCCACCUGCGCGCCGUCUUCCUCCCGUCGUCCAUGUGGCAGCGGGCGCCGUCGGCCGACCCGGACGAGGCCGCGAGCCGUCAGGCCAUCAUCGACCACUGCGCGAGCUUCUCGAUGUACCUGCGCGAGGAGGCGGCGAGGGCGCAGUCGGCGGCGGUCAGGGCGAGGGACUGA